AUGGAGCCCCCGGCAAAACGUGCCUGCACUCUGCCAACACUGCGUGGCACUGCAACGGCAGCUGUCCAUGCCGACACUUUGGCAGUGGAGGAAGAGUUGAUCCCGGAGUGGGUAUUCUCAACGGCAGAGGACGUUGCGCCACCACUGAGCGUCAGCACGACCUUCACGGCGUCCACGAGUGGCCAGGGCCACAUCUACAGCCGCAUCUCUGCUCCAACUCGGUGUCGCUGCGAGACGCUUUUGGGCAGUGUGGAGGGCACGGAGGACAAGCCGGCCCAUGCAGUGCUAUAUAGCUCGGGCCUUGCUGCAGCCUUUGCACUGUUUGCUCAUUUCCUGCCCACGCGCGUCUUCAUAUCAGGAGGAUACCAUGGGACACACCAGGUGUUGGGCCAGCUUCAAAAGAUCUCCGGCGGUAGCCGCUGCAAGUCUGAGCCGCUGCGGAGUCCCGACGAGCUGAAGGCUUGCUUGAAGUCUGGCGACCUGAUCUGGCUUGAGACGCCGCUGAACCCAUCUUGCGACGUGACGGACAUCAAGGCCUACGUGGCGGCAGCCAAAAUUUGUUCUGGUGUCCACGUGGCGGUGGAUGGUACGUUUGCGCCACCCCCGCUCCAGCGGCCGCUGGCGUUGGGUGCUGAUGCGGUGAUGCACGCCACCACCAAAUCCCUGGCUGGGCAUUCCGAUGCGCUGGGAGGCGCCGUUUGCGUGGCCAGCGCGGAAGCUGCGGAGCAGCUGAGAAAAGAUCGUCUGGCGCUAGGCUCUACGCCAGGAAGCCUGGAGGUUUGGCUUCUCAUGAGGUCUCUGCGCACCCUCCAUCUGCGAGUGCGGCAGCAGUCGACCACUGCAUCUCUCCUUGCCGAGUGGUUGCAAAGCGCGAAAACCGACACUUCCCAUGCGCUCUUUGGGCUCAUCCAUGCGGUCCACCAUCCUUCGCUGAAGUCGCAUGCCAACCAUGCUGUGGCAGUAGCACUUUGGCGGAGACAUAGCUCUGGAAUUUCCUGCCCGAGAAGAUGGCGAAAAUCAUAUCUUUGUAAGCAAGGCCUUUAA